CAUCUACCUAGACACGACCAUACCUUUCCAGCUCGAUUCCUCACGAUGUUAAUCAAAGUCAAGACCUUGACGGGAAAGGAGAUCGAGCUAGAUAUUGACCUGGAUGACAAGAUCACACGAAUCAAGGAGAAAGUUGAGGAGCAAUCUGGUGUCCCUCCGCCACAGCAGCGAUUGAUUUUUAGUGGCCGUCAAAUGGCCGAUGACAAGACCGCGAGGGAGUUUAACAUUGCACCGGGAUCAGUGCUGCAUCUGGUCCUUGCCCUUCGCGGUGGGCGGUAAUUCGGGAUUCAAAACACAGUUUCACAGUUAUUUGCAGUGAUUUAUAGAAUGCAAGCCUUGUAAUCGAUUCCUUUUUGAUCGUUAUGCGCUCUACAGGCCCUCUCUAUUUCCUGAAUAUUGGCCGACUCCACUCUUCCCUCCGAGGUACUCACGUUGAGGGUCCGUCGAGGAGCUUUCGAAGCAUCCCCAUGUCUACCUUUUUAACUGUUGUCAAGCUACUCAUCACCUCAGGGAGGAUUACUAGAGUGUAGGCGAUAUGAAACUUAGCGAAAACCGGAUCGUGAUGCAGGGGAACAUUGAUGAAAAGAACAGUGUUGGUGUGAUCAGAUACAUCGCAUUCGGAAUACAUAAAUAAUCAUUUCAAUUUUGCUUGGGUUCAAAAAAUUCCAUAUUUUUCAAAG